AUGGGUGACAAAAAGAAGAAGGCUCAGAUGUUUGUAAAACUAGUGUCUGCUGCCGGCACUGGAUUCUUCUACGUUAAGAGGAAGCCAAGGCAGUUUACAGAAAAGCUUGAGUUUCGAAAAUUUGAUCCCAGGGUUAAUCGUCAUGUUCUGUUUACAGAGGCUAAGAUGAAAACUGUGGUAAGCACCAAGGCAGUGGAGCCAGGAAAGUACUUCCCCUUAUCAGCUUUGGAUCGGCACAUGGAGAACAACCACAUUAGACUGGUAUGCUACUACCAAUAUUCAGGAGAAGCAGUGGAGCUUGGAGAAGUGACCAAGAAGUUGAGACACAGUUUGUCAGAGAUGUUGACCCAUUUUCCCAUAGUGAGUGGAAGGUUGACAAGAGAUGAGAGAGGGCAUUGGAAGAUCAAGUGCAAUGACGCUGGGGUGAGAGUGGUGGAGGCCAAAGCCAAAGGGAGUGUGGAAGGGUGGCUAGCAAACCUUGAUAGGGAAAAAGAACUCCAACUUGUGCACUGGGAGGAUAUGUUUCACAAGCCCUAUUACUGGUCCACCUUUUAUGUCCAGCUGACUGAAUUCGAAGAAGGUGGAUUAGCAAUUGGCCUAAGCUGUGGCCAUCUCUUGGCAGAUUCCACUUCUGCAACUUCUUUCAUGAAAGCAUGGGCUGACAUUUCAAUGGCCAACAAAAUGGUUACUCCUCCACUUUUCCACCCUUUACUUCUUACAAGACAAGGAAUCACAAACCCCAAUCAUCACCCCCACAUGGAGUUAAUACACCACUACAAAUCUUCAAUUCAAAAACCCAUUUCUUUGAAGGAAGCUAGGUACACAACCAUUUCCAUGGGCUUCUCAGCCCACAUGGUCCAGGCCUGCAUGUCUGCAGCCCAAACCAACAGCCCAAUAACACCCUUUGCCGCCCUUGCAGCCCUGUUUUGGGUCUCAUUGAGCAAAGUCAAGAAGGGCUUGAGAAAUGGGCUUGUUGACAUGUCCAUAUGCUUGGACAUGAGAAAAGUCUUGGGCAUAGAUGUUGCCUUCUUUGGGAACUGCAUGGUGUAUAAUAAGGUCCAUGCAGUGGAAGGGGACACUAACAAUUUCACAUUUCCUCAAGCUGUUAGAGCAAUAAGUCAUGUUGUGGCUAAGAUGGAUUCUGAGAGAGUGAUGGAUUUGAUCGAUUGGCUGGAAAAUGAAGGUGUGAAUUCACCUACCAUGAUGAACAAUCAUGAUCUUGUUUGUGCUAGCUUGGAGAGUGUGGACCCUUAUUUAGCUGUGUUUCAAGAUGGGUUCAAACCCAUUCAUGUUUCUUGUUAUGUAGAACCAGUUUUGGGAGAAGGACAGGUUUUGAUCCUCCCUGGCCCACCUGGGGAGGGUCCCUUAAGUAGGGUGGCCAUGGUGACCCUAAGAGAAGAGGAAGCAAUUAAGCUUUGUGAAGAUGAACUUAUUUCACAAUUCUCUCCCACUACCAUGAUGAAAUGUCAAUGA